AUGACAAUGCUCCUGCAGAAAUGAUUAGGGUUGACGUUUUAGUCAGCUGACAAACAAUUAAUCUCAGCACUGCAGACUGAAUAUAUAAUAUCUUUUUUUUACAACGAUAAUUAAUGAAUAUUACAUACAAGAUUACAAGAUAGUAUUAUAUUUUUCUAAUAUGUUCGAAUGCAUUAUGUUUCAAAAAUAUGGUUUUUUUAUAAUGUACAGCCUUGUCUCAGAAUAUUGUAUUUUGUAAUAAUAGUUUUAUAAGUAUUUAGAUUCAUGUAAGUCACUCACGCAAACGUAAAGGCUUUAUAGUGGUUAAUUAUUCCACAAAUGUUUAUCAAGUUUAAAUCACUAUGUGUUCUUAACCGUAUUAUAAAACAUAAUCCGUCCACUUGGAACAAUAUGUUCCAUUUGUUAUAUAAUAUAUACUAGGUAUAUCUAUAUAUAUAUGUAAAAAAAUGCAUACAUUUUUUAACAAAUAUUUGUUAUAUAUACAUAAUACAGGAUCCGUCCAUUUUUCAAUAAAAUUAUAUUUAUAACUAACAACUAAGUAUUUAAUCUUCUAGAAAUAAAAAUUUAGAAAUAACUGAAUAUACUGAUAUUGAAAUUGUAUUCACUAUUACUAAUUCGGGUAAUCAUUUGUUUUUACAAUCUAGCGAAACUCAUAAGCGAGAUAUAUACACGAAUUGGGGAGACUGAUUGUGAGUCCAUAGACAUAGUAUAUUAUACAUCUAUGACUGAACCAAAGGAACGCAUAUCAACGUGUCUUCUUUAUGAUCGAUCGUAUCAUGUAGGGGAUAAUCGGUAUCUGGAAAGAUAAGCAAAAUAAAGAGAGUAGUUAUUACAAUCGUCAAAACAAUUUCAAGAUCGUCACGUCACAUAUAUUCUCAGUAUAAUUGAGAAUGAUGUUCAGGUGCGAUUGCAGUAAUUGCAGCGAAGCGGUUUCGCGUACAGUUGAGAGAGUCACAUUGAUCCGAUCAAUUGUACAACAUGAAGUGGAAACUCCGUGAUGUGUAUAAGGUGUUUAGCCGUAAAAAGGUGGUGGACAUUACUCAAGACUCUAAACUGGCAAGAGUUUUGUCGACUCUCGAUCUCACAGCCUUAGGAAUUGGCUCUACUCUGGGAGUAGGUGUGUAUGUCCUGGCAGGAACUGUCGCAAGAUCCACCGCUGGUCCUGCCGUGGUCAUUUCAUUCGCCAUCGCCGCGAUAGCAUCGAUGUUCGCAGGACUCUGUUAUGCCGAAUUCGGAGCACGAGUGCCGCGUGCCGGAUCCGCGUACGUUUACAGCUAUGUCACAAUGGGUGAAUUUAUAGCAUUUCUUAUCGGCUGGACGUUGAUUCUGGAGUACGUCAUCGGUUCGGCUAGCGUGGUACGCGGUCUCAGCACGUAUGUCGACGCGCUUUUCAACAAUAGCAUGAGGAAUGCCUUCGAGUCGGCGGCGCAUAUCGAUAUCGAUCAUCUGUCGUCGUAUCCAGACUUCUUUGCGUUCGGCAUUACCCUGCUAUUCUCAGUUGCGCUUGCUUUUGGAGCCAAGGAAUCUUCGCUGGCAAACAACUUUUUCACGCUAGUGAAUCUCUCUGUCGUACUUUUCGUCAUAAUCGCCGGUUCUUUUAAAGCUAAUAUUAGCAAUUGGAAAACGGAGCCCAAAUGCACCGAGACGGACUGCAAAUUCGGAACCGGUGGAUUCGCACCUUACGGCAUAUCGGGCAUCAUAAGUGGCGCAGCCACGUGCUUUUACGGAUUCAUCGGUUUCGAUUGUGUGGCCACUACGGGGGAAGAGGCCAAGUAUCCGCAACGAUCCAUCCCUAUAGCGAUUGUCGCAUCUCUGACAAUCGUCUUCCUGGCAUACUUUGGCGUCUCGGUGGUACUCACCACCGUGUUACCGUACUACGAGCAAAAUCCCGAAGCACCGUUCCCACAUAUGUUCAAAACAAUAGGUUGGGAUUGGGCUAAAUGGCUCGUAUCGGUCGGAGCGAUUUGUGGAUUAUGCGCCAGUCUCUUAGGCGCGAUGUUUCCGCUGCCGCGAGUAAUCUACGCCAUGGCUUCGGACGGACUAAUCUUCAAGUGGAUGGGCAAAGUAAGCUCGCGAUUCCACACUCCUAUCAUGGGCACGCUUUCCGCCGGGCUUCUUACAGGCAUUCUAGCGGCGAUAUUCGAACUCACACAAUUAGUCAAUAUGAUGAGCAUCGGCACUCUGCUGGCAUAUUCGAUUGUGGCCUCUUGCGUACUUAUUCUACGAUACGAAGAAAGCGAAGCAUAUGAGAAGAAAGACGAUCGUGAUCCAAGGACUUUCAUAUUUGUCGUGAGACAACUGGUAAACGCGAACAAAUUAAAUCAUUCCACGAAACUUACGGCGCAGAUCGUUACCUCUCUCGUAUUUUGUUACAUCGUCCUUUGUUUUAGUAUCGCUGUUUUAUUAUCAACAUAUAUAACUGAGAUCAGCGAUGGAAAACCAACUUUCAUAGUAUUACUCGCCGUUUUAUCUGGUGCACUCAUGCUUACUCUCUGUUUCAUUUAUCUUCAACCGGUUUCCGGCAAGAAACUCACAUUCUCGGUGCCGUUAGUACCAUUCUUGCCGGCGAUCAGUAUACUUAUCAAUAUUUAUCUUAUGACGAUGUUGGAUCAUAUGACAUGGGUACGAUUUGCCGUGUGGAUGGUAGUUGGUAAGUGUAUUACAAGAAGACAAAUUAAUGAAUUUCUUAAUGUAUUGAAUGUAUCGAAUUAUAUUACGUGUUUUAUCGCAGGCUUGAUUAUAUAUUUCUCGUACGGCGUGCGGCACAGUAAAAUUCGACAAUUAAAAUUGCCGGCGAGAUCAACCGAUAGAACUAACGACAAUUCAUGGGAAGACGCUGAUUUUCCCCAUGCCACGUGAAAAAAUAUGCUCGUAAUAACAUCUUUUAUUUUAAUUUAUUGAUAAAGUUUGUCAAUAAGAUAAACUCUUUCAAAGUAACAUAAUAUUACACUUACAUAAAAUACCUGCAAAGUAUUAAAACUCUCUAUGACGCUAUGAUUUCAAAGUAAAUCGCUUCUUUUUGUAUUAAUCUCAAAAUAUCAUUUUGCUAUACAUAUAUCAGUAUAUCAGUAAAAUUUUAUCAGAGAUGUAAAACAUAUGUGUUAAUAAUCAAAGUAAAAAAAGUGAAAAUAAUCAAAUAAUAGUAGAAUAUACCGAUAAGUAAAAUAAAUAAAAUUCAUAGCAGUUAGAAAGAAAAUCGUAUAUCAUGUAUAUAAAGAAUUAACUUUUAGUAUUGCAGCUAUCUCAGUAAAAUAAAUAUAUACUCUAUACAUAAAAAUUAAUUAUAUAGCAUAUAGAAAUGUUUUAUACGUUUAAAUUAAAUAAAAUAGAAAUAUUUUAUACAAUGAAUUCUCUAUUGUCGUACUAGUUGCAAUUUAUAAUAAAACAACAUAAAAUGUACUAAACAACGAUGAAAGUGACAUGAUUACAUUUUUAUUUUGUUAGCCGCAUUGUUUUUAUCGAUGCUUGGUAUAUUAAGGAAGAGAACAGGAAGGCACUAUAAGAAUAAGUAUGUUUGUGCAAAAGUAUAUAUUAUAUAUA